UCGAUUUAUGUAAUCAAUGUGUCAAAAACGUGUGGGCUAGUUUGUGAGGAAUUCCCCAUGUACAGUAUGCUCAUGCAUGUUGUUAGAGUGGGUGUAGGGAAGUGAAUUAUGUUUGUGUGUAUAUAUAGUAAACCUUAAACAGAAGUCAACUGCAAGACGCUCUCACUGGAGGAGGCAACAUGAAGCUGUCAGUUGCAUUCAAAGCUUUGGGAUCCCUGUGUCUCCUGGUUGUAGAUGGAUUUCCAGUUUCUGAGAAUUUACCUCCGAAGAUCAUCGGGCCAAAUCACAUCAAAAUAAAAGCUCAUCCAGGACAGCAGCUGUUUCUUCACUGUGAAGCAUUUGCAAAUUGUGAAGAGACGAUCAUCUACUGGCUCGUCAACAACACUUUCCCAGAAGACCUGCUCAGCAGUGGCAGAGUAGUAGAAUCAGAUGAAUCAACUUUAGAUGAGGGUGCGAUCCUACAGAGGAGUUUGCUGUUGAGGAGUGUCACGUCAGAGGAUCUCAAGUCCUCCUUCACUUGUGUUGUGACAAACGCCGCUGGAAUGACCCAAAAGAACAUCACGUUAGCAACAGUUAGAAGUGACUGUAAUGCAGGAAAAAAUAGAAAACACUGAAUGUCACUUAAAGUAAGAAGUGCAAUACUCUGAGCCAGGUAUCACUUGCAAACUGUAUGUACUAUUCUGUGUCAUACUGUUGGGUGGGAGAACUAUGCCAAAGAAAAGUUGGAUGGAGUGUAGAAAACUAAGGGUGCAUUUGGUUCCACAAUAGCGCAUCAUUUUCCUUUCCUGUGUUACCAUGUUAAAAUCAACUUCUACAUUUCCUGUGAAAGGAAUACCCAAGGUGAAACCAAACAAACUGGAGUUUAUUAUUACCCUCUAAUACAAAUAUGAUCUUUGUCAGGACAACAGCACACCCAGAAGCAAUAUUGUAUGUGGAACUGAAUGCACCCUAUAGAUGACUCUACUAUCUACUCACUGCAUACAUAAAAUAUUGUAACAGUUAAUUGCUAGGCUAUUUGAUAUGUUUGUGUAGUCCAGUGUCUGUUUGCUGGUGUAAGCCAUCUUAAAUGUGUAUACUUUUGAACCAUAUGAAAAUAUACUCCAUAACGA